AUGGUCUGUACUCUACGAACACUCGAGUUAGCGCUAAUUACAUAUACAUUUUCCAACAAUGAAUUAUAUAAUUAUGCUACUUCCACCAUCCUUUAUUCAACAGCUACCAUCAUAUACUUAGCUAAAAACAUCAAUUCUGAUAAUAGCGAUUUAUCUUUUGUAUCCAAAAUUUUUUAUCAUCAUGCACAUGAGGAUGAUCUAAAAGUUCACGAUGAUAAUCUAAAAGUUCACAAUGAUGAUCUAAAAGUUCCUAUCGAUAAAAUUGCAAAGAUAAUUAAUGGGAGAAGGGCUGGCAUUUGGAUUCUUCAUAUAUUGAUUGAUGAAGUCGCAAAGUGA